AUGUCUAACCUGGAUUCCUAUGUGAAGGUUGAACGCCCUGCUCCAGAAUGUCUGGGUACCUCACAGGAGAUUCGUGACCGUGGGUCAGCGUUCGUAGGCAGCGUAUAUCGCGCUCGGACACCUGAAGAAGCUAAAGCUGCCAUCUCCCAUCACCGAAAUGUCGUUCACGCUGGGAAGAAGGCGUAUGAGAUAUCUGCCUGGAGAUGCAUGACGCUGAAACACGGCAAGACGGGGCUUGGGGGUCCCGAUGACUUCGAGGUGAUAACGGGAUAUGACGACGAUGGGGAGCAAUGGGCCGGGAGCAAGGUGUCCAAGGUCAUGCAGCACGAGGGUGUACUUGAUGCUGUUGUUAUCGUUAGUCGAUGGUUCGGAGGAACCCUUCUGGGGCCAGCUCGAUUCGCUCACAUCGAGACCUGCGCCAGUGAAGUAUGUCGUACAUUCAAACGAGUCGAAGAAAUGGAGGACUGCACUUCGACGCUUACGAGGCUCGACAAUAUUCUAGGAAGCCUACGGCAAGAGUUAAGGAACCUGACUCAGAAUGCUGAACUGGCGACACCUGGAGGCAUCUCAACUCGAACUGCCUCGGACGAGAUCGAUUCUGCAGAAGGGAGGAGAAGCAGACAACCCAACUACACAGCUAUGCAGAGGGAUCUCGACAUUGCAAAAGCGAAGAGACUUAUUGGUGCGAGAGAAAGUGCCAUCAAAAGUGUGAAGUCUCUGUUGUCGAAGAAGAGAACAACGGCAAGUACUGAAGCUGAAGGGUAG